ACCAUUCUCCUUAUGUUACCAUUUCAAAACUGAAAAUGAAAUUAGAUCUGCAGCUUGUAAAUAGUUCAAAUGGCGUGUUCUACGCUGGCCAGGUGGUAGAGGCUGUGGUGCAAGUACAUGCGCAACAUGAAGAGGAAAUCAGAGGUAUCAAAAUCAAAUAUAAGGGAAAAGCCAAAGUGGAAUGGAAAGAAGGUAGCGGAGAGGAAGAAAGGGAAUACGAUGCAAAGGAAAAAUAUUUUGAACACGAGCAAUGGAUCAUAAGUGGAGGCUAUGUUCUGCAGCCAGGAACCAAUAGCUACCCUGUCAAUUUCAUUUUGCCACCAAACCUGCCAUCCUCAUUUGAGAGUUACUAUGGUUACAUAAGGUACAAUGUCAAGGCCAAAGUGGACCGUGAAGGGAAGGACUACAAAGUACAGUACCCAUUUACAGUACUGAGUCAUGUGGAUUUGAACCUGAAUCCUAAUUGUGCGAUGCCGGCCCAGCUACAGGACUCUAAGAUGAUAUGCUGUCUGUGUUGUGCAACUGGUCCUGUCACUGCGGUCUUCAGAAUAGAUCGUUCUGGUUACGUUCCAGGGGAGGCUAUUGUCAUUAAUGCAGAGAUUGUCAACAACUCUGACAGGUCAAUUUCAUCUUCCAGGGUCAAACUUAUAAUGAACUUAAGAUAUUAUGCUGAUGGCAAUACCCGUUUUGAAAAACGAGAUGUAGCAAAGGUGGAACACGGUCCAAUAGAACCACACGGGUCAGAUGUUUGGAGUGGCGACCGACUUGUCAUUCCACCCAUCCCUCCAUCCCCACUGGCCAACUGUAACAUCAUACAUAUGGAGUAUAUUGUGGAGUUGAAGGCUGAUGUUGACAACACUCCCUUUGAUCUGGAGGUGCCACUGAAUGUCAUCAUUGGGACAGUUCCCCUACAAACAUACCUACCCCCUCCAGUACCAAUGCCGGAACUUCCUGUAGACCCCAAUGGCAUCAUGUUGAGUGAGGCUGGUGGACAACCUAUCACAGUACAGCCAGGAGCCAUUCCUAUUGUUCCUCCCCCAUCUUAUGGUAACUGUGUGUUUGGUAAAGUGGACAUCACUAGUGAGAGGGAAGGAGAUGAAAGGAAGAUGAUGGAAUACACACCCCAGUAUGCUUACUACAACUACGGAAAUUAAACCUAGCUCACCAAGAACCACCCAAUUAUACACCUUGAGAAACUUAUCUCAUCAAUAAACACCACAGUAUACUUACUACAACUAUGGAAACUGUAUCUCAUCAAUAUACACCCAUAUAUGCUGCUACGGAAACUGACAUCACCAAUAACCCCCAGGAAUGCUUGCUACGGAAACCAACUUUUUAACAAUGUACAUCCCAGUCUGUGGAGAACACAUGGGGAAAGUCAAUCUGUCUCGGUACACUUCUACAACUACUCCGGUAUUUCUUUAAUUUCCAACUUUAAUGUGUUAAUCAUCCAGCUAAUGUUCAGAUUUUCUAAUGGUAGACGAUAACCAUGGCAGGGCCUGAGGAAUUUGGUCUUCCUUUAGUUAAAUGUAAUAAUUAUAAUGGACCAAAAAAGGAUGUUUAGAAAAACAGUUUCUUGUCAUGAAUAAAGUGCAUGAUUUCAAAAUUUCUACCAAGAAGGCUGUCUACCAAGAAGGCUGGGUGUUAAAAAGUGAUGCUAGAAUUCUGAAAAUAACCCUAAUGUUUUGUUCCCAUUGUUAACAGUUCAGAGUAUAGGAGAGGGAUGAAUUUAUUUAUCAUUGAAUGCCAGUAGUUUGAAUAUGUCUAUAUUAUUUACAUUUUAUAUGUAGGGACUAAGCUAGACUCUCGCUAAAUCUUAAAUAUUCUGUCACAACGCAUCAAACUUUUCUUACUGACUUUUUGUCUUGGUUACCUUAAUAAGCGCCCUCUCUAUAACCAUUUUUUAACCACACAGGGCGCUAAUUACGGUGAAUACUGUAUCUUUACUAUCUUAACAUAACCAGAUUAGUGGAGGGUAUAUAUGAAGUAAUCUCUGUUUUUCCCUGUGAUAUCUACUGUAAACUAUAGAAAGUCUCCCUAGUCAGGAAGCUUUUACUUCCCAAGCAUUAUGUAUAAACCGCCAAAAGGUCCUGCAUUUAGUUCAAGUUUGGUGUAUUUAUUUUUGUGAGUGUCUUUUCAAAUGUUUGGCCCAUAAUGACCUAAAAUGUAGAUGAGCCAUGCAGCAAUUCAAGAGCAAGCUUAUUAUUAAAAUCCAACACAAUUUUUAUAAGUUUCUGCAGCAGUAUGAUUGGAUGCAUAUAUACAUCUGUAUCAUGAGAUUGUUAAUUCAGGGUAAAAAACCACAGCUACUUACGUAGAAACUUUUGUACUUAAAUGCAGAUUAUUCUUUUGUUAACAUUUUAGAAUAGUGUUCCUAUUUUUGUAUCAAUGGGUUGUACAAUGUAUAUACAAUGCAAUACUUGUUUAGUUACGGAAAUUUGUACACAUGCUGAGAGAAGUCUUUGAUUGAGUUGUCUUGUGUUGUUUAUUCAGAUCAUGGGCAUUGUAUAUAUCAUACUGUUACAGUUGUAUUGUAGUUAUAGAUGCACAUGGCUUUUUUUUUCUACAUUUCUAAUAUCAAAACAAAUUACAUUUGUAUAUAAAAAGUUGUAACAAUUAGAUUGAUUUUAAUUUCUUUUGAAAGUGUCUCUGUCAUUAUGACAAAAUAAAACAGUAUUUGGUGGAAAUUAAUUUUCAUUAGUGUAAAUUAUGGAAUAAGAAGCUAUACAUGAUAAUGUCGGUUAUUGUGCCUUUUAUGUGUUACCAAUAUUGAAAAGAAACGGUCAAAAUCAGAUUAUUUCAAACUUUUUUGUUUUUAAUGGUCAAUUAAUUUUUAAUGUACAUGUACAUGUAUCAGGAGGUAUUUGAAUCUGUGAUUAAUCUAAAGUUACUGGAAAUUUUGAAGGUUGUUAAUUGUGAAGUUUAAAUAUAUUAAUAUUGUAUUUAAAUACAUUAAUAUUGGGAUAUUUCCUUAUUUCUGUUUAAAUAAGUUAAAAUGUAAAUAGCAUAGCAAUUAUAUUACAUAGCAAAUGUUGUCAUGAUCCAGUAUUGUUGGAACUAGGUUUUCUAUUCCCCAGUAUUACUCUAUAAUACUCUAUAUUUGUAUUCCAUGUUGUUUUUUUUACAUUGACCAUUCUUCUUUGCUGUAAAAUGCUUUCACUUUAUGUGCUUUAUAUAUACAGUGGUCCCCCUCUUAUGAGACCACCUAUGGGACAGGCAUCAGGUGGUCUUAUAACGGGGGUGGUCUUUGUUGAGAGUUUUGUCAUCUGAGUGAUGUCAAUGAGGUCAAUGAUAACACAAGCUAGUACAUAUUACAUUAUAUACAUAGACAAUUCAUUGUUAAGUUAAAAUGUGUUUUUCAAUGUUCUCUGACAAUAAUGUUUUGAAUUUGGUUUACUUGUUGCAUGUGUACUCAUACAUGUUAACAUAAUUCCCAUUGUUUUAAUACUUAGAUGUAGAUAAACAUACAGAUCAGUUGUAACAAAAUGUUUCAUUGCAUACUUUGAUUACUGUAUAGAUGUAACAAAGUGUUUUAUUGGCUACUUGAUAAUGUUACAGAAUGCUUCAUUGGCUGCUUAAUAAUGUUACAGAAUGUUUCAUUAGAUACAUAAUGUACUUCAAUUACUGUAGAUAUAACAAAAGUGUUUCAUUGGAUACUUGAAUUUGUGUAGUUGUAACAUACUGUUCCAUUGGUUAAUUUGAUGCACAUACAUUUGUAACAUGUUAUUGUAUUGGUUAAUUGCCGGUAUCUUAGUGUAUGUAGUUGUAAUAUACUCUUUUAUAGGCUGAUUUGAUGAACAUUCUGCAUUUACAUGUGUAGAUGUUUGAAAUAUCAAUAUAUAUCUGUGUACAUGUGUAAAUGAUGAUAUGUCGAUUACUUCCAGUAGUUUCAGGAUAAGAUAUCAAAUGUCCACAAUUUCUGUACUGUUUUGUUGACAACCUAUGACAUCAUUUGUUGAUAUUUAUAUGAUUUUUUACGAUUUUCUUUUAUCAAAGUUUCUGAUAUUUCAACUGUCAUUGCAAUGUUUUGUGCAAUCCUUUUUUGUUGUGAAAUUAACAAGAACUUCAAUUUAUUGUAAUUAUAACUUUGUUAUUUGAUAUUUUUAUCAUAUUUGAUGUUGAAGAUUUACACACAGUAAUUGAAGAGAUGAUAAGAUUGGAGAAUGUUCAUGCCGCUUAUUCCUUUAUUUAUACCUCACUAAUGGAUUGUGAGACCAAAAAUUGUAUAUUUCUAAUAAGAAUAUACCGUAUUCUACGUAAUUGGACAGCAUUACAUUUAGUUCAUCUGCUUGAAGAGCUAUCAAGUUUGUUGAAAUUAAUGACCUUGGCCUUCAUUUAGAGUCUCAUCCGUCAUAUGUUUUUAAAUCUUUAAUCCUAUCAUUAUGGUCAUGAUGUUAGGCCAGUAACAUGGUGGAAUGAAUGACCUUGACCUUCUUUCAAGGUCACAGGGUUCAAAGGUGUUCAAUCCUUACUUAUUAAAUAACACAUGUACAAAUGUUCUUCUUUUUAAUAUUUAAAAUCCCCAUGUUGUGAUAUUCCCUCAAACAUAUACUGAGAUUAACAGGCUUAUCAAAUAUAUUCAAAUGAAUGACCAUGAUCAAUUAAACCAUUUGUUCCUAAAUAUUAAAAGUGUAUGGUUACGCUUCUUUACCAGUAACGGAAAAGCAAUCCUGAAGUGUUAUUUUGAUCUUUAUACUCAAGCGUUUAUAACCACUGUACGAUCUAUUGUGAAUCUCGUAUUGUUCUGCCUUGAUAUUACUGCUGGUGUAGUUACAAUGUACAUCAUUUUGUCAUGUGCCUGAAAUGUUAGUCAAGUUUAUUAAAGCAAAUGAUACCUUUGUUUUA